ACUGCUGCAAUGUCUGCGCGCAUGUUUUUCUCGCGUGUGUCAGAUGUGGACACGUGUUGAACUGCGGAUCCAGGAUCUGGUGUUUCUGGAAUAUUUAGUAUAAAGGUAGUAGUCAGUCAUCGGUCGCCAUGCCGAAGGUGAAAACCGAGCGGACGCGUCAUCAUGAGGUGGUGCAGCGACAGAACAUCGGGUUCCGCACCGAGCUCGGCCAGCACAUCCUCAAGAACCCGCUGGUGAUCAACGGCAUGAUCGAGAAGUCGGCUAUCCGGCCCACCGACGUCGUUCUCGAAGUUGGUCCCGGAACGGGAAACAUGACCGUCAAGUUGCUAGAGAAGGCCAAGAAAGUGGUUGCUUGCGAAGUGGACACUCGGCUGGUCGCCGAACUGCAAAAGCGCGUCCAGGGGACGCAUCUGCACAGCAAACUGCACAUAAUCGUCGGCGACGUGCUGAAAUCGGAACUGCCCUUCUUCGACAUCUGUGUCGCGAACCUGCCGUACCAGAUUUCUUCGCCGUUCGUCUUUAAAUUGCUGUUGCACCGGCCCUUCUUUAGGUGUGCCACGCUGAUGUUCCAGCGAGAGUUUGCCCAGCGGCUCGUGGCUAAGCCAGGUGACAAACUGUACUGCCGUCUGUCUGUCAACACACAGCUGUUGGCACGCGUCGACAUUCUCAUGAAGGUUGGCAAAAACAACUUCCGGCCCCCGCCCAAGGUUGAGUCGAGCGUUGUGCGGCUCGAGCCACGCAAUCCGCCGCCGGCCAUCAACUUCAUCGAGUGGGACGGCCUGCUCCGCAUCUGCUUCGUGCGGAAGAACAAGACCCUCAGUGCUGCCUUCAAGCAGACAUCCGUCCUGGCUAUGCUAGAAAAGAACUACAGGGUCCACUGCUCGGUGGCCAACGAAGAGCUGCCCGGUGAAUUCAACAUGAAGGAGAAGGUGGACGAGAUCUUGACGCAAGGAGGCUACGCCGACAAGCGUGCCCGCACAAUGGACACCGACGACUUUAUGGCUCUGCUGCACCUGUUCAACUCAAAUGGCAUCCACUUCUCCUGAGGCAUGUGGACAUUAAGAAGUAUUGUGCCAUUUAAAGGAAUUAGCAGAAUAGUUAUACCCAUGGGCGCUUUCCAGUGGGGCUAUUGCUAAGUGACGUAUUGAUUAGCAUUUGAUGGAAUCCAAGUAUUGCAUCUGCUUGUUUCUGAGAAUAGGCUCACCUCAACGAGUUCGAAUUAGUGCUGUGAUUGUAAUAUGCAUUCAACUACCAUUGUAGUGUGAUGCGUCUUGACUACAACUGUACAUUAAGAUGACCUUGUUCACAUUACACUUAUCAGAUUGCAAUUAAACAGAUUAUCCAAUGGAA